CUGACCAUCGUUUCGAUAGCUGGUACCUUCUGACUUGCGUAAUGGCUCGUACGAAGCAGACUGCUCGCAAAUCUACCGGAGGCAAAGCCCCGCGAAAGCAAUUGGCGACUAAAGCGGCGCGUAAGAGUGCGCCUGCCACUGGUGGUGUAAAGAAGCCUCAUCGCUACAGGCCUGGUACUGUAGCCCUUCGUGAGAUUCGUCGCUACCAGAAGAGCACUGAGCUGCUCAUCCGUAAAUUGCCGUUCCAGCGUCUUGUUCGUGAGAUUGCACAGGACUUCAAGACGGAUCUCCGUUUCCAGAGCUCCGCUGUUAUGGCUUUGCAGGAGGCGAGCGAGGCUUACCUCGUCGGUCUAUUCGAAGACACUAACCUGUGCGCUAUUCACGCCAAGCGAGUCACUAUUAUGCCUAAAGACAUCCAGCUGGCGCGUCGCAUUCGUGGAGAGCGAGCCUAAGAAUUUUCUACGACACCGGCCCUUUUCAGGGCCACCAAAUGAAUUAUUCGAAGGAUUAUAUCUCAGUUUCGCUUAAACAUUCCUCCUGUUUCAGGAAUAUUUACUUCGCUGUAUUUUAUUAACUUGAA